UUGAAUCAAUAAAAUUAUUAACUAUAUUAUCAAUGUCUUUAAUAAAUGACUGUUGAUCAAAAUAUAAACAAAUAAAAGAGUGUUUGUGUCAUGUUUAUUCGGGCAAACAUGAUCACAUACAGCAUACAAUUUUGAAUUAGUUCUUAUUGCAAGUUAAAACUGAUAUCUGUUUACAAAAAAGUGUUGAAUUAUGGCUUCGAGUUCAUUAACGCGAGGAGAUGUUCAAUCACAAGUUACCGAGUGACUUUCCAAUGCAAACCCUCCGUAAGAAAAGCAGCCCUUGCAAAUAUGUGUACGAACCUCUCGCAGACAAGAACGAGCCGGGCAGGUUCCUCGGCGAAGGAGUGUCGUUCCGGGCCAAGCUGAUAGGGGUUCUUGAGGUCCCGGAGGCCCGGGGCGACAGGAUGUGUCAGGAGGCGCUCGCUGACCUCAAAAUGGCGAUCAGAGCGGCGGGGGAGCAUAAGCAGAGGAUCCAAGUGCAUGUUGCCAUCGAUGGGCUGAGGCUACGGGAUGAUAAGACUGGGGACUCACUGUACCACCACCCGGUGCACAAGAUAUCGUUCAUCGCGCAGGACAUGACGGACUCGCGCGCGUUCGGCUACAUAUUCGGCGCGCCCGACACGGGACACCGCUUCUUCGGGAUCAAGACUGAUAAGGCUGCUAGUCAAGUAGUUAUAGCAAUGAGAGACUUAUUUCAAGUUGUGUUCGAGCUGAAGAAGAAGGAGGUGGAGAUGGCCAAACAGAACCUGGAGGGGAAGCCCACCACCAGCCUCGUCAGGCACACCACUACCUCCGCAGAGGCUAAAGCUAAGAUACCAAUAACGAGUGAAGCCAGUACCUCAAAGCCGCCAGAGUCAGAAGGUGUGGCUGAGCUGGUUGACCUUGAACAGGAGCUGAGUUCUCUGAGGAGGGGACUUACCCAGGUUGAGGGCCUCACACCCUCUACCGAUCCCUUCGGCGACUCCUUCACUGUGUCCUCACAGAAGGGCCUCCUCCCACCGCCGCCGACCGCUCGCUCGCGGCCGACCCGCACGGCGAGCCCGCACAAGCCCGCGCUGUUCGACCUCGCCGCCGUCGCCGCGGACUUCGAGCCGCAGCCCGCUCCGCUCGAUACGCUACCAGAACCGGCGGGCGGCGGCGGCGCGGCGGGCGGCUACGACGUGUUCACCGAGCUAGACCCCCUCGGCACCGGCCGCAGUAGACCAUACGUUGACAAAAAACUCUUCUUUCAGGAGCUCAAAAACCCACCCAAGAAGGUCCUGAAAGACCUCGUCCCGGCGACGCAAAUGUUGACAGAUCUCGCGCCGGAACCCAAGCCGGAGAGCUACGGUCCGACGACGAUUAUGACGUCAUUAUCUCGCCAGUCCGGAGGCACGGUAUCCGUAGCGAAGCCGGCGUACGGCGGACUCUUUUCGUCUGAUCCGUUCGCUGAGACGGAUCCGUUCGAUAACACGGAUCCGUUUUCUGACACGUUCAAGGACGAUCCGUUUACGAGUAUGCAGGAGUUCCCGAAAUUGAGCUCGCUGAGGACGGAGGAGUUUAAGAGUAAAUUGACGAGUUUGAGCAUGGAGCAGUCUAAACCUGAGAGUGGGGAGAAUGUGUUUAACGGACCUCUGCAGGUGACACUGCCUCCGGAGCCCGUGCCAAAGUCGCCGAGACUACAGAGACAGGCCACAGACACAAGCACCAUCCGUCAGCGGCCGCAACCCAGCAACAAGGCGGAUAACGCGUCGCCGCCGCCUCCGUUACCGCCCAAGAAGCCCGUGGAGCCACCCCCGCGCCCGCCCCACGACGAUGACGCCCCGCCCCUUCCCAAACCCGUCAGGAAGAAGGAGCCCUACGCGGAUCGCAGCAUGAAACCUCGCGCCGCGUCUCUAGCGACGAGCAGCGAGGACGAGUACCUGGCGCCAGCGCCGCCGCCGCUGCCCGCCGCGCGCCGCCUCGACAUCACGCUGAGCCAGCUGCUCACCGCAUCCGUUGACGAGCUGGCCGCCAGACUGCGCGUACCGGCCGCAACACUGUCCAGCAUGACGCUGCCGCAGCUUACCGAGUACCUGCGCUCGUAUGUUGCUGCCGAGAACGAGAAAGCGCACAUCCACGUCGAACAACCAGUGAGGCCGGAAAAGGAAAAAAUCACGGCCGUGCCCAUUACCGUGCCGGAAAAGCCGGCGCCGACAGUCCGACCAGCGGCCGACUUCAAGCCACAGUUCGAAGACAACUUCGCUCCGUCGGAAACAAACGACACAUUCGUCGCUAACUUCGACGAUUUCGACAAAAAAGUCAAUCCCUCGUACGACAAGUAUGCGGCCUUCAGAGAGAUACAGGAGGAGCUGAAAUCCAUCACCAUCAUAGAACCCGAUCCACCGGGAAAACAGGAUAAUGAGGAUAACGAACUAGCCAGCAUAGAGAGACUGAUCCAAGCGGAGGAGAAAAAGAUUGAGCAAAGAAAAGAAAACAAAAGUCCUCUUAAAACGCUCGACGAACUAACAAUGGAUACCUUCAACAUGUUCCGAAAUUCCAUCAGCCCGAAACCGAUAGACGAAAAGAUAGAGGACAUUAAAACGGUGAUGAAGAAUCUGCAGAUAGAAAAAGAAAGAAGUAGCGUGUCGCCCCGAGACAACGGAGUUCUAGAACGGAAAGAGGAGAACGAUAGAUAUGCAGCGUUACGGGAAAUUACGAUCACUGAACCGACCGAUGAAUUCGAGUCUAUUCCUCCCGAAGCGCCGAAAGAACGGAAAAGAUCUGACGAAAAAUCCGACGGAUUCGAUAACUCCGAUUUCUUCGACUGCAUUGAUAAUAGUUCUUUGACUUUCUCGCAUGUUGAGGACGCGUUCCGGAAGAGUCCUGUGGUGGUACCGGAAGAGAAGAAGGAGGAAAAGAAAAGCCCGGAAGUUCCGGUGAGGGAAACGCCCCCCGCGAGACUGUCUGCGGGCUCCGUCAGUGAUGUUGUUAGCGGCUCCUCGCCUGAUACUAAAGGCCCAGUGCUGGGGGUGGGAGUGGGCGUGGGCGUGGGUAUGUCACGGCUGGGGUGGGCGGAGGGCUGGUCGUCCGAUUCGCGGGACUCGGAACCGCGCGCGCGCCGUACACGCCCGCAUCGCGGACAUAAUGUCCAAACAUCGUCAUCAUCGCGCGACGUGUCACCGUGGGACGAGGAGCCCAUGCCCCGCCCCGCGCACCACGCCUCCAGACACAACUCUUCCGGUUCAAGAGAGUGUCUAGAUUCCGGCAGUGGGAGGGAGAAGGAGAAGAAGAGAGACAAGAGUAGAGAUAUAAGUCGAGACGGAAGAGAGUCGGCGAGGGACAGACGAGAUAGCGGCAGCGGACGUGAUCGACGAGACAGCAAGGAGAGAGACAUAAAGGACCAUAGAGAAAGAGAGAGAAGGGACAGGAGAAGUAGAGAGAGGGACAAAGACACGUGGAGCACGGACAGAAAUUACAGCAGAGACAGAGAUUACAGGGAUUCGAGGAGUAGAGAGAGACAUACCAAAGACUAUAGAGAUAUAGAGAGACAUCGUGCGCCGCGACGAUCUUAUGACGAAGAUGACUAUAGCGACGGUUGCGGUUCUGGUCGGUCAUCACCUCGCGACCGCUGGCGGGACACGAGGUGGAGGAAAGAGGACCGACACUACGGGUCGCUGGGCUGGCGGGACAGCCGGCGGAGACACGACAUGAGACAGAGCGAAGACACCGAAAGGAGGUACGGCUCAACACUUGCGUGGCCGGGGCGACGUUCGACCGGCGGGUCGCGACGGGAGAGCGAGCGGGACCACCGGGAUUCUCGGGACUCGGGCCGGGACUCACGGGACGCGCGGGAUUCCGGCCGGGACUCAGGGCGGGACUCGCGCGGGCCGCGGGGCGAGCAGCGGGAUUCGGGGCGGGAGUCGCGGGACGCGUCCGGCCGGGAAUCGGGGCGGGACGCGAGGGAUUCGGGCCGGGACUCCGGCCGGGAUUCCCGGGAUCGCGAGAGCCGGGACAUGCGGCGCCGGCGCCGGGACGAGCGGCCGAGGCAUCGUGAUUACAGAUUCUCGAAUGAUUUCUCGCCUCGCGAACGGGAACACGCCUCGCCCUUCGAUAAUGACUUCCAAGAGCCCCCGCCGCCUGUUACCAAAAAGAGGGCGCCCUACUCGAGCUUAGAAGGGACUAGAUUCGCGUUCGAAACGGAGGAUACGGCGUCACCGGGGUCGGUGAACUCGCCCGCCGCGCGGUUCCGAUUCGAUUCUGACUCGCUCUCGCCUCGAUCGAUGUUCGAAGACGAUUUCACUGUAUCCACACCUCGCGCGAGAACCGCGUCCAUAGCAGAGGAAGACGAGGACUUGCCUCCGUUACGCGCGAAGCCGCCGCAGCAACAUAAGGACAUCAAGAAGUCUGAUUCGGUAAAUAUAUUCACACGAGAAUCCGACCCGUUCGAGGGAGAUUCGUUCUUCGCGUGCACGGGGUCGGAUCGAGUGGCGAGACGGGAGAAUUGGCCGGGCGAUUUCAAAGGUUUCGAUAACGCGUGAGCCGUCCGAUUCGUCACGCGAGUUGAGUGACUACUAUAGACUAUUGAGUGACCAGAAUAACUUACAGAGAUUGUAUUUUGGAGUUAAACAUAGAUAAUUAUUAUUAUGUAGACUCAUGCCAACUUACAGUUAUUUUGCAUCCAAUUUUCAUAGAUCUUAUGUAAACUCACACCUUCCCAACAAAGAUAUUGAGGCAGCGUAUUUGAGUUGGCUAUCAUUGUCUUCAUGUGACUUUUGUAAUGUACCAGAUAAGGAUAGAUCAUAAAGUUAAUGUACAGUUCGACAAGGCUUUAUUUGAACGUGGCG